AUGGAUCCAGUUGCAUCACAUGGUCUUUCUCUUCCUCCUCCAUUUAAUAUAAGAGAUUUCAAUCUUCACCAUCAGCAGCAGCAACAGCAAGAACAUCAAUUCCAUCACCAAAAUUCAGAAGAUGAACAAAGUGGCAGCAGCAGUGGCCUAAGGAAACGGGAUCGCGACCACAGCAACAACAUCAACAACAGCAGCAGCGCCAACAAUAAUGAAGGCAACGAGCUCAGUAUUCCGGGCUCCGGUGAAGGAGAGAUCACUAGAAGACCACGAGGCAGGCCUGCUGGAUCCAAGAACAAGCCUAAGCCACCAAUCAUCAUCACCCGGGACAGUGCCAACGCUUUACGCACUCAUGUUAUGGAAAUAGGAGAUGGAUGUGACAUUGUUGAAAGCGUCGCUACGUUUGCUAGAAGACGCCAGAGAGGCGUUUGCAUAAUGAGUGGAACUGGGACCGUCACAAACGUAACCCUUAGGCAACCAGCCUCGGCUGGUGCAAUUGUGACCUUACACGGCCGAUUCGAGAUAUUAUCCUUGGCAGGAUCAUUCUUGCCUCCACCAGCACCGCCUGCAGCUACGGGGUUAACCAUAUAUUUGGCUGGUGGACAAGGCCAGGUGGUAGGUGGCAGUGUUGUCGGGACACUUAUCUGUUCAGGCCCGGUUGUGAUUAUGGCAGCUUCUUUUAGUAACGCCGCAUAUGAGCGGCUUCCGCUGGAAGAAGACGAGCAGCUACCAAUGCAAGGGGGUGCAAUUGGGUCACCGGGUGCAGUUGGAGGGCAACAGCAGCAGCAGCAGCAACAACAAGUAUUGGCUGAGUCAAACGCGCCUCUUUUUCACGGACUACCACCUAACCUUCUCAAUUCAAUUCAAUUACCAACUGAGGCUUUUUGGGCUACUGGUCGCCCUCCAUUCUAG